AAUAGCAAGUCUCAACUCAAAACAAAACAGGUUUUUGUAUUUAAAUAAAAAUAAUUAUUUUCAAGUGGCUUAAAGUUUACUAAGUGCAAUUUACGGUUAACCAAUUUACAAUUUAUUAAGUACAAGAAUGUCUGACAAUGAAAAUUCAAGAACGCCAAACCACCAAGUUCCAGUAGAAACAUAUAAAUGUUCCCAGUGCAAUUUCUAUACUAAUCAUGAAUAUUAUUUACAACAACAUAGCUUAACACACAGUUUACAAAAUUUAGUGGAACAAUAUAAAAGAAACCAAUCCAAUUACGAUACCGAUAAUCAAAUACAAUCAUAUUUGAGACCACAUAAUAUAAGCCACAGUAUUCAAAUGCCAGUAAAAUAUUUCCAGUGUCUACAGUGUAAUUUUGAAACAAAUCAAGAGACUUAUUAUAAAGAACAUAUAUUAAUACACGAAACACAACCCUCAAUUAAUGGUUACAGAAUAUCAACUCAGCGUAAUUUUGAUGAGGAGCAGGAAUCUUAUAUUAAACCUAAUAUAAGUAAUGUGUUAUCUAUUGAUAAUUUUAGUAGUAAUUAUGUUAAACAAGAGCAAAGAAAUGUAAAGCCUCAUAAUCUAACACAAAGCACACAAGUUUUUGAAAACUGUUUUUUGAAGCAGCCAGAUCUAGAUACAGAGCCUUUAGAAAAUUUUAGAUGUCUUAACAGUAACAGUAAUUGUACAUCUGAGACACAAGAAGAGUUUGAUUUUAAACAACACAGUCUGAGUGAUGACUUACAAAUUCCAUGUCCAGAAGUUUUCAAGUGUACCAAAUGUCUUUAUAAAAGCCUUCACGAGGAAGAUUUGAAACAGCACAUUAAACAACAUCAAGAAGAAAUAAUACUGGAAGAAAAGAAACUCACAAUUGAAGUGUUUAAGUGUCACAAUUGUAAUUACUCAACCAAUCUUAAAGCAUUUUUAGAACGGCAUAUGUCAAGCCAUACAAGGCCAUCAGCACAAAUUAAAGCCACAAAGCAUAAAUGUUCAAUAUGUAACUUUGUAACAGAGCAUGUAAAGUUUUUAAAAAGACAUUUAUUAAGUCACAAAGAGAGCAAAUCAUAUAAGUGUAAAAUGUGUAGCUUUGAAACCCUUUAUAGAAAAAUGUAUUUAAAACAUAUAGCCACAAAACAUAAAUUGAUAAAAAAGGUUUCAGCAAAAAAAAGGAAAUACGAUAUAAUAACUGUCAAGUGUAUGGAAUGUAAUUUUGAAACAGAAACAAAGGAACAGUUGGAGAUACAUAAAAAAUUGAGACAUAGAGAUAAAUCCGAUGAUUCAAAUUUACAUAUAUGUCAGUUUUGUGAAUAUCAAACUAAUUGGGAACCCUGUUUGAAACGUCACAUUGAAAGACUGCACCCUAGCAAGGUUGCAGAACCAGCAAAGAGAGCUAAAGCAAAAGACAAAUCUACAAAAGCAAAAAAAGGUAAUAGAAAGAAUAGCUCAGGUAAGGAAAUGCUUAGAUGUAACAAUUGUGAUUUUACGUCAACAAGUAAACAAUACCUCAUAUUACAUUUAAAACGGUCUCAUAUAUGUAAGGAGCCUGAAUCUAAAGCUACUGCAGCUUCAAAGAUAUAUAGAUGCAAGCAAAAAAAUUGCUUGUUUGUGAGCACAGUCAAGUAUACUUUCAUUCAACAUGUUAAGAAUCACAGACGUCAGAAGACAAUUUCUAAUUUGUGUGACUUGUGUGAUUUUAUAUCUGAGAGUGCCGAUAAACUAGCUGCUCACAAGAAAAAAGUUCACCUUACCUAUUUACUCAAAGUUUAUAAGUGCUCGCAGUGUGAUUUUAAGACAGUGUGUCGGAACAGUUUUAAAGCACAUUCUGUAAAACACAAGUCUUAUUUUUGUAACAUUUGCAAUGAACAACUAGUAUCUGCUUAUGCAAUGGUAAAGCAUAGAAGAUCUCACAAAAUUCAAAAGCAGAAGAACAUAAUUUAUUUAUGUGACGUGUGCGGUUUCCAGAGCAAGAAUGAUAGAUCUUUGAAGAUGCACAAAAAGACCCACAAUCCAGAAUUUAAGUGUCCAGAUUGUCCAUUCGAGACCCAUAGUAAGAUCAACUUCCAAAACCACUGCAUCAACCACAAAAGCGCAGACGAAGUUACCAUGUUUCCUUGUCCUUACUGCUCCUACCAAUCCAGGCUGAAGCGCAAUCUGGCAUGGCAUAUGAAACGUCACGCCGACCCCACCAAAGCCAAAAUCUUCAAGUGCCCUUCUUGUGACUACCAGACCUUCACCAAUGCCCAACUCAAGUCCCAUCUUAUGGUACAUAAGAGCAAAGAAGAAGUGGUAAUGCUGAAAUGCGAUUUUUGCCCUUUCGAAACUAAAAGAAAGUCGAAUAUAGUUCAACACAGGCUGCGCCAUUUGAAAGAUUCGCCCGAUGUCCCGCUUUUGUCCUGUCCUGACUGUAACUAUACCACAGUAGCGAAGAGACAUCUUAAUAAGCACCGGAAAACACACAAUGUGAAUCCUGAUAAGAUGUUUCAGUGUUCAUAUUGUCCCUUUAAGAUUCACAGGAAGGUGUAUCUGAUGAGACACAUGGAGAACCAUAAAAACGUAGAUCCAGUGGAAUCUCCGUGGGAGAGGUACCCGUAUGCCCCUCAGGGGAACGUGGGAGUGACUAUAGUGCCUAAUUUGGGCCAAAAUAUGUCCCAUAGUUUUUAGGGUUCAGCCUUUAGAAUUAUAAGAUGUUUAUGUUUCUAAAAACUACUCUUAUGCUUUUCCAAACCAAAAGAAAGUUGAACACAGUCCAGCAUAUAUUGGAUCAGCUCAAGGAUUUGCCUCUUUUGUCCUGUGAACACCCAAUGUGAAUUUUCGUAAGAAGUCUCACAUUGUGUAAGAGGGUACAUCUAUUGAAGAGCCACCAUAAGUUUCUAUACCAGUAAGCGUUCAGCGACGCAAUGUGAGUACAUUAGUAGAGGAUUUUAACUAAGUUUCUAUACUAUUUUCUGUAUUACCACCAAUAAAGACGAAAACCUAACAU